GGGAAUUUUUAUUUUUACCAGUGAGUGGUCACGCAGCAAUCCGAUCCGGCGGUGAGAGUUCAGCCACGUGGUUCAAUCCGUUCUCACAAUCAGGCGGCGCGAUUUCGAACAACAACAGAACUUUAGUCAAAAGAAGUUACAGCUAUGUUGGGACAGAAAAUCAAAGAUGAACCUGGAAUAAAUGACCAUGGACAUGUGCAUGGAAGCAUUGGAAUGCAAAAACACAAGUUUGACAGUUUAAGGGAACAUUUGGAAAAGAACAAGAUGAACACAGAAUAUAUAUGUGGAUGUUGUGGAAAGAAUUUUGACUUAAUUUCAUUGAGGACACAUUUGAGAAUUAAGACAGAAGCAGUCAAAUUGGGGAAAAAAAUUAAAAUACAUAAGAAAGAAAUGUCAUAUGAAUGUAAACAGUGUAGAUUGAAAUUUAAUGACAAUACCAAUUUGAAAAGUCAUCUAAGGCUACAUACAGGAAAGAGAUCACAUGAAUGUGAACAUUGUGGAAAGAAAUUUAAAAUAUAUUCUGAUUUGAAAGCACACGAAAGAAUACAUUCAGGAAAGACUCCAUAUGGAUGUGAACAUUGUGGAAAAAAAUUCAAAUUAAGUCGCUAUUUGAAAAUACAUUUAAAGAUGCAUGCAGAAGAGAGACCAUAUGAAUGUGAACACUGUGGAAAGAAAUUCAAAAGAAGGAGCCAUUUGAAAAGACAUGUAAUGAUACAUACACGAGAGAGACCAUAUGAAUGUGAACAUUGUGGAAAGAAAUUUAAAAAAUGUUACGAUUUGAAAGCACACAAAAUGAUACAUUCAGGAAAGACUCCAUAUGGAUGUGAACAUUGUGGAAAAAAAUUCAAAUUAAGUCGCUAUUUGAAAAUGCAUUUACAGAUGCAUACAGAAGAGAGACCAUAUGAAUGUGAACACUGUGGAAAGAAAUUCAAAAGAAGGAGCCAUUUGAAAAGACAUGUAAUGAUACAUACACGAGAGAGACUAUAUGAAUGUGAACAUUGUGGAAAGAAAUUUAAAAAAUGUUACGAUUUGAAAGCACACAAAAUGAUACAUUCAGGAAAGACUCCAUAUGGAUGUGAAAAUUGUGGAAAGAAAUUCAAAUUAGUUAGAUAUUUGAAAAGACAUUUAAGAAUGCAUACAGAAGAGAGACCAUAUGAAUGUGAACAUUGUGGAAAGAAAUUUAAAAAAGGUUCCGAUUUAAAAGUACACGAAAAGAUACAUUCAGGGAAGACUCCAUAUGAAUGUCAACAUUGUGGAAAGAAAUUCAAAUUAUGUAGCUAUUUGAAAAGACAUUUAAGGAUGCAUACAGAAGAGAGACCACAUGAAUGUGAACAUUGCGGAAAGAAAUUCAAAUUAGAUAGAUAUUUGAAAAGACAUUUAAGAAUGCAUACAGAAGAGAGACCACAUGAAUGUGAACAGUGUGGAAAGAAAUUUAAAUUAGGGAGCAAUUUGAAAAGACAUUUAAGGAUACACACAGAAGAGAGACCAUAUGAAUGUCAACAAUGUAGACAAAAAUUCAGAUCGGGUUGCAACUUGAAAAGACAUAUAAGGAUACAUACAGGGGAGAGACUAUAUGAAUGUGAACAUUGUGGAAAGAAAUUCAAUAGAAGUAGCCAUUUGAAAAGACAUGUAAGUAUACACACAGGACAGAGACCAUAUGAAUGUGAACAUUGUGAAAAGAAAUUUAAAAAUUUUGAAUAUCACUUGAAAAUACAUGCACUUGAAAAACGAUAUAAAGUCAAAAUAGCAGAUUUGAAUAUUUCAAGUAGCAAUUUGAGGAUGCCUGGACAGAAAUUACUUUCUGUAAAUAAAUUUCACAACAGCAGUUUGAAAAAGAAUCUGAAGAAGCACACAGGAGACACACCAAAUGAAUGUGAACAUUUGAGGAUGCAUACAAGAGAGAAGUCACUUUUAUGUAAAUACUGUGGAUGGAAAUUGAACAACAAAGCAAAUUUGAAAACACAUUUAAUGAUACACAGAGAAGAGAGACCAUUUGAAUGUGUACACUGUGGAAAGAAAUUCAAAUCAGGUAGCCAUUUGAAAAGACAUUUAAGGAUGCACACAGGAGAGAGACCAUAUAAAUGUGAACAUUGUGGAAAGAAAUUCAAGAUCAGUAGCCAUUUAAAACAACAUCAGAGGAUACAUACUGGAGAAACUCCUUAUGAAUGUGAACAUUGUGGAAAGAAAUUAAAAUCUGGUAGCAACUUGAAAAGACAUUUAAGGAUGCACACAGGAGAGAGACCAUAUGAAUGUCAACAAUGUAGAAAAAAAUUCAAAUCGGGUAGCAACUUGAAAAGACAUAUAAGGAUACAUACAGGGGAGAGACCAUAUGAAUGUGAACAUUGUGGAAAGAAAUUCAAGAGAAGUAGCAAUUUAAAAGAACAUCUGAUGACACAUACCAGAGAGAGACCAUAUGAAUGUGAACAUUGUGGAAAGAAAUUCAAAUCAUGUAGCUAUUUGAAGAGACAUGUAAAGGAUAACACACAAAACAGAGACAUAUAAAUGUGAAUAUUGUGAAAAGAAAUUAAAGCAGUAUACUACUUUGAAAACACAUGUAAGGAUACAUACAGGAGAGACUCCAUAUGAAUGAAUAAGGAGCACACAUUUAAAACACAUUAGGGAAAGUUUAAACAUUGUACCGAUUUGAAGACACAUGUAAGAACACAUACAGGAGAGACUCCAUAUAAAUGUGAACAUUAUGGAAAGAAUCUUGAAGAUAAUAGUAAUUUUAAAUUUCGCUUAAAAAUCCAUUCUCUUGAAAAACGAUAUUCGGAUGCCUAUAGACAGAAAUUACAUUCUGGAAAGAAAUUUAACAACAGCAAUUUGAAAAAGGUUCUGAGGAAACACAGAAGAGACAGCAAAUGAAUGUGAAAAGAGAUUUAACUCCAGUGGAAAUUUCAGAAGGCAUAUGAGGAUACAUACAUGAGAAAGACCAUUUGAAUGUGAACAUUUGCAAACAGUACCAUGACAUCACAUCAUGGCUCUAUAUAGGCACAUCAUGACUAUAUGUGCAUAUAAAGACUGUUGUAUACAAAAAUACUGUAUGAGAUACAGUAGUUUGGACAGGGCUUUAGAUAAAAACCAACAAAUAAAAUACAACCAUAAAAAUAGUUAUUAACUUCCAACCAGAAACAAAAAAUUAAAACAGAAAUUGAAAAAAAAAUCAUUUAAUUAGACUGUAGCUGAAUUACUGAAAAUUGAACAGCAAUUGUCUGUAACACUCCUUUAAUUGACAUUUAUUGUGUUCUGGAAUAUUAUAUCAAAUCAUAUUCUGGUCUCUUGUAUUCCUACUCUUGAUAUGUGGGAUGAACAGUGGUUUAAAUUGGUAUGGAGUGGUACAAAUAAUGAAUGUUUAUGAGUGCAAUAGGAAGAAUAUUUUCAUGAGUUGAAUGGUCGACUGUUCCAUUCAAUGAGGCAGAGCCGAGUUAAAAGAAACAGUCAAUCUUUCAAUGAAUGAAAAAUUCUUUCCAUUGCACAAAUAAAAAGUGUACAUUAUUUGUUUUUGAACACAUCUAAAAUAUGUCCUUAUAUUUUUUUUUUUUAAUCAGUCUUCUUUUCUGGAUGGAACAGUCCAUUGUCUUUUUAAGCAUGAAAAGAUAUUGUAUCCUGCCGAUGCAUGCAAUGUAGCUACAUGCAUUAAUUUCCAUGAUGAAGUGGUAGAAAUAACCAAUGUCAUGUGAUACGAAAUCCAACAAAUCAAAUGACAAGGAUCUAUUUAGAUGUGUUAUAAAAUGUUAUGUUUAUACUGCUUGAUAUUUAAUAUUGGUUGUUAUUUUAAUUACUUCAAAACUACCAAAUUUGGUAGCUUUAUCAAAGUGGUAUGAAAUAUAAAAGUAUUGUAGCUAUUUCACUGUUUCUUUAGAAAUAACAUAGUUCCUCUCAUGGAGGGGGCCCCGCCCCCUUGAACACAAAACUGGGCCGAUUUUGGGGUGGACUUAUACUUUUGGAAUCCCCUUUUCACAAGUAAAUUGACAAUCUUUUUCAAACUGACAGCAUUUCCGAUCC